UCAACAAAGCACACGAAAACACCAGACAGGGAGCAUAAAAGAAGUGAAAUAUAGUGUGUGAAAGUGUGAUCAAAGAACUGAACGAGCAAUGGCAGCUCAGACUCAGACCAUCCAGGUUCCUAACGAUGCCGAGCUGAUGCAAGCACAGGCCGACCUGUGGCGCCACAGCCUCUACUACCUCACGUCCAUGGGCCUCCGCUGCGCCGUCGAGCUCGGCAUCCCGACCACGAUCCAUGGCCUCGGCGGCGCCGCCACCGUCCCUGACCUGAUGGCCGCGCUGUCCCUCCCUGAGAACAAGCUCCCUUUCUUCCGGCGCCUGAUGCGUGUGCUCGUCACGGCGCGCGUCUUCGCCUCUGCCGACGGCGGCGAGACCGAGCGGUUCCGCCUCACUCCGCUGUCCCGCAUCCUGGUUGACGGCGUCGUCGCCGACGAGCACCAUAGCCAGAGGUGCUUCGUCCUGGGCACCACGUCGCGCCACUACGUGGACGCGGCGUUCGCGCUGUCCGAGUGGUUCAAGAAGGACCUGGCGUCGCCGGUGCCGUCGCCGUUCGAGGACCUGCACGGCGCGAGGCUGUUCGACGAGAGCACCCCGCUGCUCGACCCGGAGCUCGACGCCACAGUCAACGAGGGCCUCGCGGCGCACGACAACCUCGGCAUCGGCACGCUGCUCCGCGAGUGCCGCGACCUGUUCAAGGGGGUGCGGUCGCUGACCGACUGCUGCGGCCGCCACGGCGCCACGGCGAGGGCCAUCGUCAAGGCGUACCCGCACAUCAAGUGCACGGUGCUGGACCUUCCACGGUUGGUCGAUCAUGCCCCUCGUGACGGUGUCGUCAACUACGUCGCUGGUGACGCGUUCCAGUGUACCAUCCCACCCGCCCAAGCAGUCAUGCUCAAGCUUGUUCUGCAUCACUUGAGCGACGAUGACUGCGUGAAGAUCCUAGCUCAGUGCAAAAAGGCUAUUCCUUCACGAAAGGAGGGCGGGAAGUUGAUUGUCAUAGAUAUCUUGGUUGAACCAUCUUUGGGGCCUGUAAUGUUCGAAGCGCAGCUCAUGAUGGACAUGCUCAUGAUGGUGAAUACUAGAGGUCGUCAACGGAACGAAAAUGAUUGGCAUGACCUGUUCAUGACAGCAGGAUUCAGUGACUAUAAGAUUGUGAAGAAACUUGGUGCUCGAGCUGUCUUCGAGGUCUAUCUGUAGGAUUGCUUCUAUCUAAUAUGCGCAAUGGACGUGGAUCGUGUGAUGUGACGAAAUAAAUAAAUGGUGCACCAUAAUAAUGACUUUGGAAUGGAAUUUCACAGAUCAUGCAUGAAGCGGACUGAAAUCUUAAGCUCGGAUACUUCAUGAACUGUGCAAGGGUUCAUUUCAAAGAUAUCUAGCAGUCGUUGCGCUAGCUUUACUGCACCCAUGGCUUGUGUUUGUUGUCGUAUAUGUGUGUACUGCCACAGUUUAUUGGAAAUGAAUCUUAAGCCUACGUUAGAAUUGCAAAUAGACAAAGUAUUGAGUACUAUA